GGAGACUCGCACAUGUCACAUUUGCCAAAAGUCAGGCCAUAUUUCGAUCAACUGCAGGUGGAAUCCGAAUUCUCAAAAUUAUGCCGGUGCUCAGUGGAAUGGUGGCAAAGGUGGAAAUCAGCACAAUCAGCACCCACCUAACAACCACUCCCAGCAACCAGCGUUCUGG